ACUGGAAGCGAGUCAGUAUGAGAGCAGCCAUUGUGUUACUCGUUCUGGGGGUCUUCCUCAUCCAUGCGGAAGCCUUGAGGUGCAGGAAGUCCUCCUGUGUCGACACUCGCCCCUGCUCGUCCGUGGAAGUGACCUGUCGGUCCGGGGCGGACCAUUGCUUUGUGAUGAUGAAAACUUCUCCAAUAUGUAAGCAGCACAAUGUGCACAUUACUUUCCUACAGUCAAGUUGUUCUCAACCAAAAGGUCAGAACAAAUGUAAACUACAGUAUGCAGCCAGACAAGAACGUGUACAGCACAGAGAACAUUUGCAGAUUAUACACUGUAUUCCUUACCAGCUAUUGCUGUGUAAUUUACACUAGAUUAAUCCAAACUGCUGUUACAAUAUCCACAGGCAAACACAGUGGGGGACUCCAGUUGCCCAGAAGGAGAGCGAAAUGACAGGCAUAGGAAUGGAGAGAGUUAAACCUCCUGUGAGGGGUGGACCUAAAUGUUAUGAAAAGUACAGCCAAUGGUAGAGAGGGGAGGGAUCAGUAUAUAUAGGGAUGUAUAGGCUAGCUAAGUCUCUCUUGCUGCUGGUUUGCCUUCUGGUGAGUGUUGCUGAAUUGCAUAUUCACUAGUGUUUUAGCUAGGCUAGUUCAAGUAUUCAGGUUUGCACUGUAUUGUUAUAGCAUCACCCUCCUCUCUCAUCUCACCACAUACUUCUUUAGGAUAAUGGCCGCCUCUCGCCCCCUCCGUUCUGCCGGGACCCCAGCUCGUUACCGCUCUGAAGGCGGUGAAGCUGGGUCCACGGAUGUAUCUGCGGGCUCAUCUGCCCGUUCCUCGUCCACCGGCGCCGACGCGGGUGCCCGCGCGGCGGUGGCUGGACGGACCCGGUCUUCCCUGCCCCGGGUAUCGGGUCCGGAGUUAACCUCCGGCCGCGAGCGGCAGGGGGGGCUGGGGGCACGGGGAGACGACCGGAGGUGGCCGGGCAUCGGCCUUCACCUCUACCUCUGGAGGGUGAGGCGCCGUUGCCGGGAGCAGGCACCCGCGGGCGCGCCAGAGCAGGCGGCCUACGGGGGCUCCCAUCCCAUCUCCCCACCCGUCCCCCUUGUCACGGCCGCGGAGUGAUGCCGGUCGAGGGGGUCGGGGUGGGCGGAGAGCGGCGGCAGGUCGGACGGGGCCUGUCGCGGGGUCUCGUCCGGCGGUACUUUCUGGUGGCCAAGACGAUGGAAGGAGGGUGGCGGGAAGCGGCGGGCCGUGCGCACGCAGUUCGCGCACGACCGCGCUCUCAGCCAGUGGUGCCGAUCGCGCACGUGUGCGCGCAGUGGCGCCGCCGGGUUACACGUCUCCCCUGCUGCCUCCCUUACAGCCGGAGUCCGGCGGGGAGCGACGGCGGGGGGUGGUGUCCCAGGAUAGGGCACGGCAGCAUUGAGCCCCGCAGAGGUGCCUUCCCUGCAGACGGAGAGAGGGCACGCGCGAGGUGGCCGGUGGCAGGCACAAUAGUGAUAGUGAGGGCCAGCAGGCGCAGGAUAGAAUAGAUGAGUGGUGGGGGGCCACGCCAAUUGUGGUCAUGGGGGCCAGCGGGUCACCAGAAGGCCAGGCGGGGCAUUGGCCGUUCGGUCCCUUAUCGGCGCCUGCCGGCCGACGGGCCAGGAGGCGUGCGCCGGCAUCUGCGGGAGCUCCCGCCGGUGCUGGCCGCGACUUUUGGGGAAGUCAGGAGGCUUCCGGAGAGUUGGCUUCGGCUCUGUCGACGGUGGUGGCGGCAUUGGCCGCAGCCGCAUCCCCGGGGGCAGCAAAGCAUUCCGGCGCGUGCGCAGAAGCAAGGGCGUCCGGUACGCAGCCGGGGUCAGCGGCUCAGCGAAUAGCGCGCGCUUGCCGUGACCUGGGGGCGGCCACGGCGCAGUUGGGACACCAUCCAGUACGGACGGAGCGCGGACGCGAGGUGGGGACGUCUUUGCCCCGCAGUGCUAGGCAUGCCCCGGGAGUGGUUUCCGGGUCCCGUGCUUUGUCUUCUUUUUCAGGUGAUCGUGGAGAGAUUGAGGUGGACGUGAGCGAUGAGGAGGAUUUCGAAGUUUCCACACCGAAGGACUCCCAGUCCGAACAGUCGACAGCGUCAGGUGAGGUCGAGCAGUCGGCGUCGGGCUCCAGCGCGCGCUCCAGUUCUCUCAGUUCCACCGCUUCUUCAUCCCUGUCGUCGCAAGCGUCCGACGUCAGUAGCACGACUAGGGCAAAAAAGCGUGCGACAAAGUACGCUAAGAGGGCGGCAGGGCAGCAGGAGAGGCGGAAGAGACGCAAGCGGCUUAGCGAGGUCGCUCGCAGGGCCAAGAAGCACCGUGAUUUGCCGGGAGUAGUCCACUAUGAUUAUACGGCAGUGUUGAGGGGGUUACGGGAUAGCUGCCGUAGGAAGAUCUGCAGAGGCGAUUACGUGGAUAUGUUCGUGCUGAGUGCUGACUAUGGACGCGAAGAAGGAGUAUAAGGCAGCGACAGCUAAGAAAGGCAUCGGAGCUGAGGCUUUCCGUACUUUCGACAACUGGCUGGCCGGUUUCUGCGUCUUUGCGGCAUGUUAUCUGGAAGAUAGGCCUGAGGAACACAUGAACGUCAUACGAUACCUGCACUUGAUACACGAUAUGCAGCGCACAUCGUCAGGAAUCAAAUGGCGGACGUAUGAUGAGAAGUUCCGAGAGAAGCAGGACUGCUUACAGAUUAUUGACUUUGGUUGCAAGGACGUGGAGGUCUGGCUCCAGGUCACCCGGGCUUCUCAACCCACAAAGGAGACCCGGAAUCCGGGGGCGGACGGGCAACGCGCAGGGUCGUCCGCCCAGUGGAGUAGCGCGGAAGGGGGACCGGGUAGGAGAGGUAGGUUGUCUAUCCGCGGGGGAGGGCAGGCCGCCGUGAGGGGGAAGUGUUUCGCAUUUAAUAAUGCGACCUGUUCCUUCGGCAAGCAGUGUCGGUUUCGACAUUCGUGCUUGCAAUGUGGCGGCUUCCACCCGGCCUCCAACUGUUUUAAAGGAAAUCGGCAAGGCGCGAGGGGAAAGCAAAGCUACGCAAGACCCGGCGCGAGCGGGAUCGCUCAACAGGUCCCCAACGCCAAUUAAUUUGGACGCCAUGUCCAAAUGGUUGGAUUGGUAUCCGAAUAGUACGGACGCUCAGUUUUUGUUUCAGGGUUUUAAGUUUGGUUUCCGCUUGACAGUUGCGGGCGAAGUAUCGGUCAAGGCUCUCCGGAAUCUUCAGUCCGCUCGCGCCUUGCCGUCUGUUUUGCGCGAGAAAGUUGAUAAAGAGGUGCGAAUGGGUAGGAUGGAGGGCCCGUUUAGCUCGCCCCCAGUGGAUGACUUGAUCAUUUCCCCAGUGGGGGUAGUCCCCAAGAAGACUCCGGGUGCCUUUCGGCUCAUUCAACAUCUUUCUUACCCGUCAGGGUCGUCGGUCAACGACGCGAUACCACCGGCACACUGCUCGGUGGUGUACCAGUCGUUUGACGAGGCACUGGAGUUGGUUCGUAGUUACGGCCCGGGAGCUCUGAUGGCUAAGAUCGAUGUUGAAUCCGCGUUUCGGUUGCUCCCGUUGCAUCCGGACUCAUUCCGUUUUAUGGGUUUUCGAAACGGAGCGGAAUAUUUCAUUGACAAAUGUUUGCCGAUGGGAUGUUCCGUUUCCUGCUCGUUUUUUGAAAGGUUUAGCACAUUCUUGAAUUGGUGCGUGGAGUCUUCUUCAGGGGCACAUGGAGUUGCGCAUUACCUCGAUGAUUUCCUGUGUGUGGGACCGGCGAAUUCGCCGCGCUGCAGCGACUUGCUGUUCAGCAUCCGAGCGUUGUUUUAUCACUUUGGCGUUCCUAUGGCCGAGGAUAAAACGGAGGGGCCGGUUUCCUGUUUGUCGUUCUUGGGGAUUGAAAUCGACACGGUGGCGGGAUCAUGUCACCUUCCUCAGGCCAAGGUCGCGAAGCUCCGCGAGGUUAUUUGCCAGUUCGUGAUGUCGCGCAAAGUCACGCUGAGGCAGGCGCAGUCCUUGCUGGGCCUCUUGAACUUUGCUUGCCGGGUGAUCCCGAUGGGCAGGGUUUUCUGCCGAAAGCUGGAGAGGGCGACGGCGGGGUGUGCCAGGCCGCAUCAUUUCAUUCGCUUGUCCUCCGAGAUUAAGAGGGAUUUGGCCGUCUGGGCCUCGUUCCUGGAGGACUUCAAUGGGGUGCGUAUCUGGCUGGCCCCAACGAUCGACAAUGCUAGGUUACAGCUGUUUACCGACGCGGCGGGUUCCUCUGGGUUCGGUUGCUACCUAGUGGGAUCUUGGUGCGUGGCCUCGUGGCCUGAGGAAUGGCAUCGCAAAGGUUUCACUAAGGACCUUUUGCUGCUGGAGCAAUUCCCCAUUAUGGUAGCACUGGAGGUUUGGGGCGAUCGUCUGGCUCAUCGCAGCAUUUUGUUUAGAUGUGACAAUCUGGGCGUGGUGCAUGCGAUCAAUAACCAGAGGGCUGGUGGUUCUGAGGGUGCUUGGGCGAUUGCUGCUGACAUGCUUGCAUAAGAAUGUAUGGUUCCACGCGUAACAUGUGCCAGGACUUGAGAACGGAAUUGCCGACGCGUUGUCCCGCGGUCAGUGGGAGAGAUUUCGUUUGUUGGCACCCGAGGCCGAUGAGCGGGGGUUUCAAUGUCCCGGUUAUGUCUGGCAGGUGAUUAGACCGGACUGGAGGGCCUAGCGAUGCGGUCAGUGGCUCCGAACACGCUCAAGGCUUACGGUCAAGCUUGGAGCGAGUGGGAAGAGUUUGUCCGAGGACGUAGUCAAGACGGUAAGAGUGGGCAUCGGAUGAUGCUUUCUUUUAUUUGGCAGCGUUUUGUCACGGGUAGGUCCAGAGCGGUGGUGUCCCGAUACUUAGCAGGGAUUUCAUUUUUUAAUAAAAUCAAGGGUGUCCCUGACGUGCAAAGAGCGGGCUUCUUGUAAAGGCGAUGAAAGGGUGGGCGCGCGUGGCGCCAACGCCUCCUGAUAGGCGAUGCCCCAUCGAUGCAGCCUUGCUACCGGCUGUCAUCGAUGCGGUAGGCAGUAUCGCGUUAUCACUUUUUGAAUCGCUGUUGUUCCAGUUGGCGUUCUCCAUGGCUUACCACGGAGCCUUUUGGGUUUCGGAGCUGGUAGCGCCAUCUAAGCGGGCAGACUCGCGCAUGCUUCUGGAUGACGUGGUGGUGGGUGAGAGGUCCUUGCUGUGCAGAUUGCGUCGCUCUAAGACGGACCAAGUAGGUAGAGGGCGAUGGGUCACUUUGGUACCGUCUCUGGAGGGGAGCAUUUGCCCGGUGAGAUUGGCAUCGAAAUAUGCAGCAGUGCGGCCAGGUGUGAAGGGGUCGUGGCUGCUGCAUUAUGACGGUUUACCUUUGAUGAAAUAUCAGUUUCGUUGGAUGCUGAGUCGCUGUCUGGUGAGCUUGGGCCUUUCACCUGCUGCUUUCGGUACGCAUUCUUUCCGAAUCGGGGCGGCGACGUCGGCUGCGUCGGCGGGUUUUUCCGUUGCGGAGAUUCAGGCAGUGGGGCGAUGAAAGUCGUCAAGUUACAAACUAUAUAUUCGCCCAGUUUCAUGAGUUUUUAGUUUGACUAACCGUUCAGUUUUAUUAGCCGUUGUAUAAGUUCAUGUUGUAAGGUUAAGUACGUCCUUGUGCAGUUUGUGUCUGUUUGUCUCCCCUGUUCAUCCUACUCAGGGAUUAGCUACUCGCCGCUGCUGGCAACGGGGGUCUGGAGUUCUUUUGCGAUUUUUUGCCUGACUUGACGGACUGAAUUUCAAUCUACAAUUCGGCUGAUUAGUUGCAACACGAAGUCCCUCAGCAGGUUUUUACGCUUUCACCUCCAGCUGAGUUCUUACAUGUUUUUCCCAUUUUAACCCCCCCCCCCUUUUAUUUUCCUUAUUUUCCUUUGAUCUUUCCCGUUGUGUUUCUAUGUUAUGCUUCGAUUGGCUGGAAGCUUGUUUAGAUCGGCUAGGCCGUGACUUAUGCAAGACACGAAAACCCCUUUUUUCUUUUGGCAGAUCCUUCAGGUUAAUGCAUUCAAUAAGCUCCUGUUAGGAUACGUAUUAACCGAUUUUUACUCCUUUCCUUCUCUUCAGGUUGGGUAGAAGACGAUUUGGCAAUCUGGGUAGUUGGCCACUCUUAUGUUUACUGGGCAGCCAGGUUUUUGGCCUCGGAGGGGGCGCAGUUUUUUCCUUAGGCUCAUGGCGUUCGUUGGCUUGGUUGGCGGGGGAUGAUGUGGCAAGAUCUGAAGAGUAGAUUGGUCAGUCAGGUCAGCGAGCAUGGAGUCCCUAGGGUGCUGGUUGUCCAUUUGGGUGGCAAACGAUCUGGGGAAGAGGACAUCUUUGGAGCUGCGAUGGGCCAUGAUGGAAGAUCUGGCCAGUGUGGCCGCAGCGUGGCCCAAUUGUGUUUUGGUGUUCUCUAUGAUGGUGCCAAGGUUGCGUUGGCGAGGAGUGGCGGGCGGUCGCCCGAUUGAUGAGGCCAGGCUAAAGGUGAAUGCGGCGGUGGCGAAGUGGGUGUUGGCUCACGGAGGGAAAGUGGUUCGCCACCCUAGGAUUCGGUUUCGUGACAGUCACCUUUUUCGGCCUGAUGGUGUGCAACUGUCCAAGGAAGGGAUGUUGUUUUUCCUGGAGGAUCUGUUUUUGGUGUUGCAGGAGUUAGGUUGAGGGUAUGGUGGCAGUGCGAAGACUCUGGGGAAGAGUCUUUCGCUGUUGGCGGAAAAGAACGGCAGGUUGUAGUUUGACUUGUUAGUUACAGUUGUUUACAGUAUUGGUGUGGUUUAGGUGCACUCACCUCCAUUGACUUUUAAGGCCGCUAGAUCACCCAUCAGGGGGCAGCGUCAUUACCCAUCAGUGUGGGCAGUCAGCGUGGAGGUCUGAGUCGGGCACCUAUUACCUAUGUAUGGUUUGUGGUAAAUUAGGAUCGUUUGGGUUUUAAUGUUUUUUGAGGUUAUCGUCAGUGGAAUAUAGCCGUUCAUUUUUCUGCCACCAUAUGCCGGCUGAAUCGGCAUGUUAACUUAAAUUUUACUUUACAGGUUUUUUCUAAUGGUUAGGGUACAAUAAAUAGCUAACAAUUUUCUGCCAAA